AUGUCAUGCUACCCAUCCGACUGGUCUUCCUGGGUUCAGGAAGAGUUUUCAACUCCUGGCGCAGGACCUUCAUGGUUCGCGUCCAACGACGCCGAGGUCCUCAGCGAAGAUUCGGCGGGCGCGCGGGUCCUCUCACACGGAAUUGACUACACGCAGCCCUACAACACGCGUGCGCCGGGCUCGCUGAUACCCGCCAUCCCCCUACAGACCGCACCUGUCCUCGGACCUCCACUGUCCGUCACUCCCAUCCCCAUCCCCGCCGCCCUACCUGCAUGGGCAUCCACAUCAACACCGGCGCCGUUGGCCCCACAUCACUGGGCAACGACCAAGUUCCCUGGCCACGCGAUGAUACGGCCACGCAACCCACCACCAUGCAUAGUCCAGUCUUUCGCUGCGACCAUUGCGCCCACCGCCACCACCACCGAGCUUGCACUCGCCAUGCCCGCAGCAGUCGCCACCCCAGCCAUCACCAGCGGCUACCCAGCCCCCGACGACAUCUCUAUAGCGCGCUCCAUACCCCCCGACGCGCAAUGGUCGAACGUCUCAGCAUGGGAAGGUACCGUGAACCGCUUCACGAGUCCCUGGAUGGACAUGGCGCGCUCCAACCUGCGGUGGGACGCAGUGGCCAUGCUGCAAGCGCCAAGAAAGCGCAUGUUGGACGCGGAGGAGCAGCAGCCGUUGAAGAGGGCGAAGGUGGGGCAGGGGUUCGAAGAGAUGACUAGGGGUGUCAGCGAGUCAAGGGGCGCUCCUGAGGGCGAGGAGAUAGUGGGGAAGGGGAAUGCGAAAGAGGUAGGGGGCAGAGUUAGGAGCGAGGGGAGAGAGAAGGCUUGGUCUUGGGAGCGCAGGUAUAGGCGCAUCGCACCCAAGCCUGCCCCGAGGUUAGUCGAGGCAGCCGGAGGGCUGCGCCCGAUGCCUGUGGUCGUUCCACAGGUCUACGGCAAUGCCCUCCACAACAACAACCAGAGAUCAACAACGUCCACCCACUGGGUGAACAACCCCGCAGGCAAACCAGUUAUCGAGCCUGUCCCGUUGUGGUGCGGAGGGCCUUCGGCAUCGACGCCUGCGGAUGACCAAGGCGAGACCAGAGAGCCCGACGAUCACGAUCACGGUCACGAUGAGCGCCAGUACCAGCUCGGAGACGAGCCCGCCCUUAGCCGAGUCGAAGCCGCCGUCGUCAUUGACGAGAAGAUCUACGGCGGAGACAUUUUCCGUUGCGCGCCAUGCAACAGAACGUUCUGCCGCAAGUACGACCGCAGACGGCACAUUGUAACGGUCCACUACCUUGGCAAGCUCCCCUGCGACUGGUGCCAUAUCUUCUUCUACGCCCGCCGCGAUGGGGUCACUCGCCACAAGAAGGAGAACUGCCCAGCAAUGGAUUAUGAGGAUAGGGACACCAAUCCAUGGGGAUGGUUCAUAGCUUGGCUGACGGGACCUCAUCGCGGCGGGACAAUCAGUCGUGGCCUUGCUUCGGCCGUCUUCGACCUGCUCAGACCUGGCAGAAUGGAGUCUACCGGAGUCAGUGAGAGUCAGUUUUGUGUUCCGGUGCAUCUGGCCAAAGAUGACACCUGGCCAGAAGUCAUGUGUCUGUCUAAUUCGGGACUUGCUGGGAGCAUCUGGGGCUCUGAAACGUCUGUCCAGCUGAGUGUGAACCAUGAUUCAAUGGACAGCGUCAUGUCUCUCUUAUCUCAUAUGACCCUUCCAACAACCACGUCUGUUUCUGUAACGGUCGAAGAACUUCUGAGUUGCGGGGUGAAGUCUUCUUCCAUCUCGUCAUGUGUGCCAUUGUUGGGUGACAAGUCCACCCUCAUAUUCACGCGACAAAUGCCCACUAGCCUUGACUUCUCAGAACUAUCCUUUGAUGAUGAUUUCACCGUAGUGCCCAGUAUCGCGUCAGUUCUUUCCAUGGUCAAUCUCACGCACGUGAAAAAUCUUUUCCUCGCCUCUCGCACUGACCUGUCUUAUUCCACUGUGUUGUCAAUGUUCAAAAUAAUGCGCUCGGUCAAACUAUUUUCGUUUCAUUACUGGGACCUUGAAGUAUGUUUUGGGGCUUUAGAGGACGACAAUGUUGUCCAGUCCUUGGAGACUGUUCGAAUCGUAUUCAAUGAUCCUCCAAUGGGUUUUAUGGGGAGCCCUAAUGUUCUUAAACCUCUGAAGAAAAUGGUUGCUUACCGGGCGAAACUUGGACGGCGACUACAGUAA